AGCCUCACUGUCACAAAAAAUGUAGCCCCAUAACUUUAAUCGUACACUCAUAGAAAUAUUUUUUAUCAGCUGUGAUUGUUGUGGAAUCGAACAAUCCAUCCACGCGCUGGUGGCCCAAACUGUCCGCCCGUUUUCUGUCCGACAGCAAAGAGGCCUCGCCCCUCCCGCAGAAUCACGGUACAAGUCGCGCGCGCGCUCCUGUGUGUGUGUAUGUCCUGUGAGUUUGUGGUGUGGUGUGCUGUGUGCGCCCGCUGUCGUCGUCGUCCAACUCUCGUCGCGUUGUGUGCAUAGUGCGUCGUGUGUGUGUGUGCUCCGUGCGCGCGUGUGAUGUGAAAAUUGGGCCUCCGUCGCUCGAAAACCCGCGCGUCUCACAGUCCCGGAGGAUCCCCCCCCACCCUCCACACGAGAAAGUAACCCAGAAAUCACAAAUGCAGCUAGAAAACACCUGUUAGUGUGUGUGUGUGUGUGUACGUGCUAUGUAACUGUCUGUAAGAACCGCCGGGACAGUUUGUUCGGAAGUGAAAGAGAGAGAGAGAGAGAGAGAGAGAGAGAGAGCGAGAGCGAGAGAGCGUCACGAUCUCCAACGAACGUAGCCGCACACUCGAAGCGUAUUUGAAAACGAAAAAUAAAAACAUUGAAUCCAGCCACAACUGAACCUGAACUGUUGCACCAGUGUCCGCGAUGAAAUACCCCGGCGGCAACCCAUCCACCAUGUUUUGCGAACAGGUCGGCACGGUGACGUCCCUGUUCGAGCAGUGGAACGAUUGCGAGCGGACGGUCGUGCUGUACGCGCUGCUGAAGCGCGUCCCCUUUGUCAACCUCAAGUUCCUGCAGGUGUCGAUCGAUUACAAUCUCGCCCAGAACUACAGCACCCAGGCCAAGCUACAGCAGCUCGAAACGAAGGCAAACAGUACGGCCCUGCUGGGGAAGCUGGUGCAGCGGUACUACCAGCUGAGCGGGCACAGCAGUGCGGCGGCCUCGCUACUGAUCGGCGCUGGUGGCGCUGCCCAGCUUAACAACAACAACAACAACAACAACAGUAACAGUGUGAACAAUAAUCUCAAAGCGGCCGGCAUCGAGUCAACGCCGGCCUCGCUGUACGAGCUGCUGAAGAAAGCUUCUCCGCAGACGGCGGAGGUGGCAGCGCUCUUGAAAGAAUCUCCUUCCAUCAUUAGUGCGACGACAGCGACGGUACCGCCACCCUCCACGACACCGACGACGGCGACUGUAACGCCGGGACACAACCAACCGAAGGGUGACGGGCACCACCACGAACGGCAGCCGGAAACGAAGGAAGAUAUUCUGAAGGACAUACUGAUGUACUUGCCACUGCUGGCGCCGGGCAACGAUGAGGCAAAGAGUCUGUACAUGUCGCUCAUUCCGGCGGCCGUGGAUGACGCCUGCCGGCAGCUGGUGCCCACGGAAAUCGUACAGCAGACGCUGUCCUACCUGCUCAUCCAUCCCGCAAUCACCAACGACGAUCGACGCGUGCUGAGCCACUGGUUGCGAUACUUGGAGGACUUCAUCUCGACGUCCUACCUGCCAGCACCCGCCACGGCUGCACCGGUUGCGAAGGGUCGCAACUAUUUCAACGUGCAGCAGUCGGUCGGUGCCAACGGUACUAGCAGCAGCAGCAGCCUCAACAGCAAUGGCACUGCAGUGCCUGUCAACACGCCGCACGUACCGUAUCUAUCCACCUCUACUAGCUCCGCCAACGGAGGAGUGGGUGCUGCAAACUCAUGGACAAACGGAGCGUCCGCUCCGGGCUCACAGAUCGUACCGGGUGCGGUACUUUCUUCGGCUGUGCACCACCCGCAGCAGCAGCAUCAUCAUCAGCAGCACCAUCCGACGGCCGGGUCGGUGCUGUCAAAAUCGCAACAAAGCCUAAACAACCACACGACAACGACCGGCAGCACGACCGUACUGUCCGGCGGCAACAGCAAUAGUAGCAAUAGUCAUAUCAACAACAGCGGCAGCUCGACCACCAGCUCCUCCUCCAGCUCGACCACCAGCUCCAGCUCCUGUCUGGACAGUGCGGCGUCGCAGCUGCUGAAAGCGACCCCUUCCCCGCGGCUGCUAGUGGCACCCUCAUCCCAGCAGCAGCCAGCAGAGUACCAUCAUCACCAUCACCACCACCACCAAACCGCCGACGAGGGCAAACCGGCGGUGGCGGUGAACGAGUUUAGCAAGACGAUCGGGCAAAGCCUGCUGGGUUCUAGUCAAACGCUGCUAGCAGGCGCCGCCGCCGGGAACGGUGGCGGCCUCAGUGUCAAUCUGCUGCCCGCCCUCCAGCAGCAGCAGCAGCAGCAAUCGCAACGGCCUACGGUGGUGCCGGGUGGCGUUGGUGGACCGACGCCCGACGGUCCUGCGUCCUGCGAGACGGCACAGCACCAUCACGAUCUCAUGGCCGCGACGGAGUCCCUCCUGUACGACUCGACCGACGACGAUCACAUUUCGUUCAGCAAGAACGGGACGGAGAUAUUUGACUACGAUUGUGAUUUCGAUAACGAGGACGAGUUCAACUAUCUGGCGCGCAAUGCGGCCGCCAUACGGGCGGCGGAGGCGGCAGCGGCCGGCAACGGUAUCCUCCCGGCGAGCGCAUCGUCCGCUCCGGCUGGUUCCGGAGUGCCGGGUGGUGGUGCGGCUGGUCCAGGGCACGGUGGGGCCAAAAAGCUCGUUUCGUUCAACAGCAACGUGAACGAUUUCUUGCGCGUGCCGCCACUGCUCGCCAGCUUCGGGCAGCACAGCAAUCUACUGACGUCGCACGGUGGCGGCGGCGGCGGCGGCGGCCUGCUCGAUCUCGAGCUGGACGCGUCGCUGAUGAAGACGCGCCGCUCGAACAGUCUCACCACACCGUCGACCCUGUCGGCGCUCGGCGUCGGCGGCGGCGAGCUGAGCGCGCAGCAGAAGCAAAACAACGAAUGCCUGUCGGCGGAGAACCUGUCCAACCUGCAGCUGCUGCAGAACAAACCGCGCAGCUUCUCGCUCACGAUGGAGAGCCCCCGGUCGUCGCUCGCCUCGAGCGGCUCGGACACGCAGCUGGACGACUACAAGCAGGGCGCCGGGCUGAUGAAGCUGUACGGCGGCCAGCCGAACGUCGGCAUGUCCAGCAUUGCGCACUGGCUGAAGAGCCUGCGGCUGCACAAGUACGUGUGGCUGUUCUCGAACCUGACGUACGACAAGAUGCUCGGCAUCACGGAGGAGUACCUGCAGAGCCUGGGCGUGACCAAGGGUGCCCGGCACAAGCUCGCCAUCUGCAUCCAGAAGCUGAAGGAGCGGUACGGUACGCUGCUGCAGCUGGAGAAGGAUCUGAUCGGCGGGCAGAAGGCGCAGCUCGGGACGGUGCUGGAGGAGCUGACCAACAUUGUGCUGACGCCGAUGAAACCGAUCGGCAUGGAUCAGCCGGAGGACAUUGCGGCCCAGUUUGCCAAAGUGCUGGAUUUAGUUGGUUCGAUCGUCGUAAUGCGGCCGGUCUGUAGUCAGCAGGACGAAGAGUACCUGAACAUUUUCCUGUGGAUCGUCGAGCGCGCCCUGCACAACGACGCCUUCAUUGCGCACUCCGCACAGUUGAAGGACCACAAGUACAAAGUGUCAAAGAUAAAGAUGCAAAUUGCGCCCAAGAGUGGUGGCCACUUUGCGAAGAGUGUGAACGUUGCCGGUCCGGGCAUGAACAAGCCAAGAUGGACAACAAACAACAAGCAUAAGCCAGUGAAUGUCAACGAAUCGCAAGCGAAAUCACAUCGCAAAAGCUCCGUACCGUACUUUGUGCCGCCCGGUCAUUUGAGCGCCGGUUCGCACCUACAGAGCGCCGCCCCAUCGUCGCAGGUCAUGGCGGGCCAUCCAUACUUCCACCACGGUGGCACCGGAGGCGCCAGCUCGAACGCGGGCGGCAGUACGGCCAACUACAACAAGAGCUCCUCCUACCCGAGCUUCGCCUCCACGCUGCACGGUGGUGGCAGUGGCGGAACCGGCGGUACCGGCAGCUCCAUGAAACCCAUCCUAAGCAACAACCCGUCCAUGCAACAAACCUCCCAACAUCUCCAGCAGCAGCAGCAGCCGCACCCUCACAAACAAUCCACCCAACCUCCCACGCUGCAGCCGCCGGCCAUGCAGCAUCCGAACUUUAUGUUCCAUCGGCACUCGUUGAGCAACAUAACGCAUCAUCACCACAAUGCGAACCCGCCGCUCGUACCGCCGCCGGCCAUCUUCCUGAACAGCCUUGGCGGUUCACUGGCGGCGGGCGAAAACCGCACCACUGGCGGCAAGGUCGUGGACGGUGGUGGGCCGGUUAAAGGAGGCGCCGGAAUGAAGCAACUCGCAGCAGCAGCAGCAGGUGAGCAGGUAGGCGACAGCGGCAGUAACAGCAGCAGUAGCAACCACAACAACAGUAUCAUUGAUAUCAACUCGCGGCUCGAGUUUCUCUGUCGGCAGAUGACGGAGCAGGCGAUUAAUUAAUAAGUAGAAAGCGCAGGGCCGAAACCCGAAUUGGUGAUAUAUACAUAUAUGAGGAACAGGUAGGGCUGUUAAACGCUGAUGGAGUAAAAAUGGGGUUUUAGUUAUAUUUGUGUAGCAAUGUAUAGAAUGGUCAAUAGUGAAGGUAACAAACAAAUCGAACGACUCCCUCGCGAGAGGGAGAGAAACAACGUGGAAAAAUGGGGUAGCCAAAACUACUGAUUCGCACCUUCUAUAAAGGCGCUCGAUAUGGAUGUGUGUGUGUUUAUGUUUUAAUGUGUAUCGUACUUCUUCUCCAAGAGGAGACAGUAAGCAAUUGUUGUGUUUUUCGUGUCGCUGUUUAAAACUAUUUCGUACGUACGUAGCCGACAAUGCUGUACGGCGCGAAGAAAAUACGUCGAGCAAUUUUGUCGCAAAACCACAAUGGUUAGGGCUCUACUACUACUAGUACUACUACUACUACUACCUAUUACUAUAUAUACUUACAUAUAUACCCCCUAGAGGGCGCUCACAGGACAAGGGGCAGGAUGGGCAGGGUGGGCGUGUGUAACAGCGCUGCGGACAAUUCUGCAGGCUGAUCUUGAUUAAGUUUGGUUUGAGUGGCAUGUAGACGGACACGCGCUGUCCACCAGGUUAUCUCCACGCUGUGGGUGCGUAGGAUAGCGUGUACCAGUUUUGAUGUUGAACGUUUUUUGUGUUAAGCUUUUGUGUUAGCACAGUCACCGGCCAACCGCCACACACAACGGGUGUGUCCCAGUGCGUAGAAACUGUUAAAAAAAAAAAGGUUAUCUUUAAGUCAGUUAAGAAGCUAGGAGCAAGCGCACGCCCCACCUGCCGCCUAACGAGAGAGGGGACGUCUCCGAGUGAGGUACGAUGUGAAGGAUCGACAAACCUACCGACCGAAGUCACGACGCGGGUAUUCUGCAAAAAGUAUUUAUCUUGUUACGUUUUAUUUUACCCUCCUACCAAAAUCCCUCUUUGCUACAAUUAUUGUGUUUAUCUUUUGUAAGCUUACAUGUUGACGACAUGCGUGCUGUAAUACAGUGUUAAUACAUGCGGGCACAGUAAAAAUGAAAAGAAAAAAAAA